GAAUAAGCCACGGCAUUUUUGUUGCAUGAUUUGGAUAAGAAAAGUUCUCUCAAUCACUCACCACCAUUGUUGUGUACCUUCACCUACUCGAUAUUCUCAACAUGCUUACUGCGAAUUACGAUUGACAUCUAAGUGGGUUUGAUUGAUAAUCAAGAAAAGACUAUUCUUUAUUAUCAAUCGAACUUACAAUUUGCUUCAAUGUGUUUUCGGCUUUCCAAGCUCGUUUUGCACCCUUCCUACCCUUCAUUAUUUUCUCCGACUUUUUCUUAUUACAAAUCAUCCUCUUUGCUCUCGCUUUCUUCACAGUCGAGCUUCCAGUGUCGUCGCCAAUCUGUGAUUGUAAACCCAUUUUAUCGUCCUUGUUAUAAUGAUUUCAAGAGCGGAAUUGGCCCGGACGAUCCUGGCGAUGAUUAUGGUGAUUAUGCUGAUGAAACGAGUACAGGAGGAGUUGCUGCCGUUAUAAAAGAAUUGAUCCCACAAGGCAACACGCCGAUUGUAUCUGCUUGCUUUGUUGGUCUCUUCACUGGUAUCAGUGUGGUGCUCUUCAAUUACGCGGUGCAUGAAAUACGUGACUUCUGUUGGGAUGGUAUCACAUAUCAAGGUGCUUCAUGGUUGAGGGAGGAACCAAUUGAAGCAAAAUGGGCCCGAGUAAUGUUAGUUCCAGCUUCUGGAGGUUUGAUAGUUAGUUUAUUGAACACGAUUCGAGCUGCUAUAGAGAGCCCAACAGAUGGAAUUGUUGUACCCUAUAUCAAAUCUGCACUAAAGCCAAUUCUGAAGACGGUGGCUGCCUGUGUCACUUUAGGAACAGGGAAUUCGUUGGGACCAGAGGGCCCAAGUGUUGAAAUAGGCGUCUCCAUUGCCAAAGGGAUAGGUGCUGUGCUUGAUAAAGGUGCUCAAAGAAAGCUCUCACUCAGGGCUGCAGGGUCAGCUGCCGGACUCUCUUCUGGGUUCAAUGCUGCUGUUGCGGGUUGCUUUUUUGCCGUGGAGUCAGUUUUGUGGCCAUCACCUGCAGAAUCAUCCCUGUCUUUGACGAAUACAACUUCCAUGGUCAUUCUCAGUGCUGUAAUAGCUUCUGUCUUAUCGGAAAUUGGCUUGGGCUCUGAACCAGCCUUUGCAGUUCCACUAUAUGAUUUUCGUUCUCCUAGUGAACUGCCGCUGUAUCUUCUGCUGGGAGUAUUUUGUGGCUUGGUUUCAGUCACCUUAUCUAAGUGCACAGCAUUUAUGCUGGUAUUCAUCGAUGAUGUUAAAAGGGUUGUUGGGAUACCAAAAGCAGCACUUCCUAUACUUGGCGGUUUGGCUGUUGGACUUAUAGCCUUGGCAUAUCCUGAAAUUCUUUACUGGGGAUUUCAGAAUGUUGAUAUUCUGUUAGAAUCUCGCCCAUCUAUGAAAGGCCUCUCUGCUGAUCUGUUGCUUCAGCUGGUGGCUGUCAAAAUAUUAGCUACUUCAUUGUGUAGGGCAUCUGGAUUAGUAGGAGGCUACUACGCACCAUCUCUGUUUAUUGGUGCUGCUACGGGAAUGGCAUAUGGGAAAAUCGUUAGUUAUGUGAUAUCUCACUCCGAUCCGAUAUUUCAUCUCUCCAUAUUGGAAGUAGCUUCACCUCAAGCAUAUGGCCUGGUUGGCAUGGCUGCUACACUUGCUGGGGUGUGCCAGGUACCCCUUACUGCAGUUUUACUUCUCUUUGAACUAACACAGGAUUAUCGAAUUGUUCUGCCGCUUUUAGGAUCUGUGGGUAUUUCAUCAUGGAUUACAUCUGGGAAGACAGUACGGAAAGAAAUUGAUAAUACCAAAGAAUCGAAAGAAGGAAACAAUAUAGCAACUCCGGGUGAAACAUAUUCCUAUAAAUUAAGAGUCCGGACCUCUGUUUCUUCUCCUGAUCUAAGAGAAUCAAAGGAAAGUAGCAUUUGUGAACUUGAGAGUUCACUCUGUCUGAAUGAUGAUUCUGAUGAUGAUGAUGGUAACUUGGCAAAUGAAAUUCUGGUUUCACAAGCCAUGAGAACACGAUAUGUUGCAGUGAUGAUGAGCACUUCUCUAACAGAAGCAGUGUCUCUCAUGCUAGAAGAGAAGCAGUCUUGUGCGAUAAUAGUUGAUGACAGCAACCACCUCAUUGGUCAACUAACGCUCGGUGACAUUCAGCGUUUCACUGAAUUUUCAAGAGCAAAAAGUGGGAGACCUCAGGAGCUUAAUGUGUCUGAGCUAUGCUCCUCUAAUAGCGAGAGGUGUCGUAUAUCAGAUACGGUAACUCCAAACAUGAGCCUUGGUGCUGCUCAUGCUCUGAUGGAUAGACAUGGUAUUAGUCAACUACCAGUUAUCUUGGAGCAUGAGGAUUAUGGAGGCCAUCCAGUUGGCCUUUUAGACAAAGAAUCCAUCAAUCUUGCUUGCAGAGCUUUUGCAAUCAAGGAGGGCCUAGGCUGUUUUUUACACCGGAAAAGCUGAAGAAAUAACAAGAAGGAAGACAAGAACCAUCUGAUUUCUGUAUCUAUAUUCACAAACGGAUGAAAUAUCCCUGUGCCUAGUCGAAUCACAAGGCUGACAUAGACAUGAUGCUGAAAUUGAGUAAUUUCACUGCUGAUUUUGUUGCUCAAGCAUUUGUGCUUCAUGUAGCUGAAUAUUUAGGGAUGACACGAAUGAAACUUGAGACCCGUCUUUCAUGGUAAAUACCAGAAGCAGCAAAUAAAGGGAAUGACAAGGAGCAAAAUUCUGCCAAGUAACUUUUUGGCUGUGUAGACAACAGAACUCCCGCCAUAAGUGUAAAACAAAGAUGAACUGAGGCUGCCGAACAAGCAGAAGCAAACAUAUUCUUUGUACUAAAAGAUUUAUAGUUUGAAGUUGUAAAUACUGUGAAAAAUACACCAAACUUCGAUUACAAAACUUAGAAAAUUCCACUUAUCGUUCAAAA